AAAACAAUUUAUGUUUUUGAGAUUAAUUCACAACCCAAUUGAAAAAAAUCUUUUUCUACAUUAAUUCAUGCAACGUUUGAAAUUACUAAAGCCAGAGCAAAAUGACUUAAGGUGAAAUUUGAUACUUUAAUGAUAUUACUAUUUACUGGAGGAAAUCAUACAGUGAAAUUCGAUAAGUUUAAAUGACGAGAAGUUUGCAGUGAUUUAUGCUGCAGACAUGCCAUCAGUAAAUUAUAUGAGGAUCUGGAAAUGGACUGGACACAUGCUUAAAUUCUCGCGUUAUGAAAAAUGAGAAUGCGAAAUAUUUUCUCAUGGAAUGAGAUUUAUUUAUUUUUUACUACGAACAAAAUAAAAUUAGUCAUAUCUAAAUUUGAACUAUACAAAUGAAAGACUUGCAUUGUUAGUUUAGGUAGCGAAUUAAAGUUAAUUCAUUCAUUCCGUUCAUUCAUUCAACUAAAUAUGCUGCGCAGCCAGAAAGCAGCUGCAUUUCAAGCCAGUUCCAACGUUGGUUAAUUAAUAACGCAGAGCCCGAUCCACUAAAAUUGUAAGUUACGUUAAAAAGCAAAACUUAAAAUUAGUAUAUGAUAGCAUAAGCAUCAUAAAUAUUUUCAUUAGCAUUGGAAUAUCAGUGACGACAUUGACGACCAUGGACGCUGUUGACGUAGGAUUGUCGUCACCAGAUAAGCGGCAUGAAGAUACACCAUCCAAUCCUCCCAGGACUCCACUUUCCUUAGACCAGGCCACAAUUAUUCUUGCAAAACAUACUUUGGCCACGCCCUGUCUUAAAGUGCUUCACCAUGACCGCAUCCUCAACCCCAGAAACACAACUUACACGCUAACUUCAUCCGAUGGGAAGGAUUACAUCCUCCGAUUUUCGGAGAGUUGGGGAACAAAGACGGAAAAUGAGGUGGCAGCAAUUUCCUAUAUCGCCAAAAAUACGAGUCUCCCUGUCCCAAAAGUGGUGGGAUUUUGUACCGAUUCCGCCGAAUCUCCUACCAAAUACGAAUAUAUUCUUAUGGAAAAAUUAAGGGGCGUCCCGAUCGGUUACCUCUUCAAAAACUUGUCCCUAUCCAAAAAGAUUACCGUGGUUAGAAACAUGACCAAGAUUUUGAAGAUAUUCCAAUCUCUUACGUUCGACCAAUGCGGGUCGUUCUAUUUUAACAAGACGGACACGGAAUCUAAAGUAGAAAUGAAAGACGUCAAAGUCGGUCCCUUAUUCAGAUCACCACACUGUUCACCCUUCUCAAAUUAUCUCGAAUAUCUACAACAACUCAUUAAUUCCGGAAUUGAGCGGAUGCAAACAUCACGCAUCUUGAUGGACGGAGAAGGACCCGUUUUACUUGAAAGAAUACAAAAUUUUAGAGAUAAAGUCUGUAAUCUCGAAACCACUCCACUUUCUGAGAAAGUUAAAAAUGUUCAGUUCGUCUUUACUCAUUUGGAUCUGCACUCGUUCAACAUUCUGAUUGACGAGGAGACAUUCGAAAUUACGGGAGUGAUAGAUUUCGAGUUUUCCGGAGUUCAUCCCAUUGACCAAGAUUGGUUCGAAUGCUUCAGUUUUGCUGGCAUUUGCAACAAAUCGAGAGAUGUUUUUGGAGAUGGAAGUAAUGAGAACCAUGUCUGAUUCGGGUACAGGAUUUGAUUCCCAAAAAGACCAAGAUUUACCCGAGUUAAAAGUUCACUUUUUCCAAGAAUGUAAAAUUCAAGGCGUCCAAACUCCAGAAGAUAUUAUUGGCCAUGAAGAAAGAGCGAUGCUGCAUUACUUCGUCAAGUAUAUUUACCCCUGGUGGAUUACUGAGGAAGUGGACGACCCACUACCGGAAAAAUGGAUCCUCGAAAGAAAUUCUAUUAGGGAAAGGCUAAAAGUUGUGCUUGAUAUGUAUGGCGUGUAAUGUUGUUCUAUUAAUAUUAGAUUUUCAUUCCACAAUUCUCUAUUCAGAAAUUUUUAUAUGCUUGAAGUGAAAGUAAAGAAGCACGAUUAUUACUCUAAA